AGCCGGAGUGCGCAGUGAUAGCACCAACAAUUUCCGAAUUUUGACAAAUUGGUAGGCUCGCCACACAACCAAAACUCACAAGUUUAGGUGUUGUCGUGCAAUUGGACUGCUGCCAUCAAAAAACAGACAAGAAAAACAAGAAUACGGCUGGGAAGCAUGCCAUCCACCCACAAUGGCGGUUUUGACCUGCCUCUAGCAAAGCGACAAAAAAGAUUGAUCAACGAGGGUGCUCAGAAACAUCCACCAACGACUGGCUCUAGGAUUUUUGCUCCAUUCCGAACUCUAGGACUGGUUUCAUCCACCCCGAUUCCGUUUACCUACGUACGCUUGGGGAAAGCUACUUUUCAGAUUACGACCUGUGUAGGGAAUAGCCUACAGACAUAUGACUUAAAGCGAGGACUUACUUUGGUCUUUGUGAGCAGACCUGAAACUCCGGAGAGCAUCACGGCUACGUUUGCAUGGCAGGACAAGGUUUUUGCAGCAUGGGGAAGUGCUCGACCCGGUUCCUCUCGAGGCAUAUGGGUCUUCAAGCGUGGCAAGAAGGUUGCAUCCCUCCAAAUACCCGCCGACUUCGUUGAACCAAUUGAGCGGCUUCUCGUCCUCGGAACGUGGAUUGUCGGUUGCAGUAGCAAGUGCAUACAAGUAUGGAAAAAUAAUUCUUAUGAACACUACACUACUCUCACGCCUACUCAUGCUACGGGCAUUGCUGGUGGGGACAUUUAUACAAGUGAAAUGUGCAACAUGCCAACAUAUCUCAACAAAAUCUUCGUGGGAAGAUACGACGGAAGCGUUGACGUUUGGAACGUGAAAACCGGGAAGCUGGUUUAUUCCAUGCUUCCGGAGUCAAAAGAACUGGGGGCCGUGAGUGCAAUUCAGCCAAGCCCUGCACUAUCUCUGAUUGCAGUGGCCCACAAGAAUGGCGCACUGUCCAUUCUUAAUGUCGACACGGGGCGACUUGUUUUACCACUAAGGAAAGACUCCUCAAGUCUACAACAGAUCACCUCAAUCGCCUUCCGGACCGAUGGCUUGGGCGCCGGUGCAGACGGCCGGAAGCCAGGUGUCAUGGCGACAAGCUGCAUGAGCAGCGGUGAUGUUACGUUGUGGGACUUGAACAAUGGUGGUAGGGUCAUGGGCAUUCUUCGCCGGGCUCAUGCAAUAUCGGAGGAUGAAACGGGGUCCGGGAUCAAUCACGUUGAAUUCUUGGACGGUCAACCGGUGCUUGUCUCAUCCGGGAAGGACAAUGCGCUUAGAACUUGGAUCUUUGACGAAAGUCCGUUUUCUCCGGUACCCCGGCCUUUACAUUCGAGGCGCGGGCACUCCGCGGCAAUCACAACGCUUGGAUUUCUACCUUCAGUUUCUGAGGAUUCCGAAUUCGGCGGGAAAUGGCUGCUGAGUGCUGGUAAGGACCGCAGUCUUUGGGGGUUCAGCGUUCGGAAAGACAGCCAAAAUACCGAGAUAUCACAAGGAGCGGUGGAGCGGAAGGCAAGAAAAUCUGCUAGCUCCAUAGGUGUAACCAUGGAAGGCAGAACGCAAGAUACCCUCAGGGCUCCAGAGAUCACCUGCAUUGCUUGCUCGCUCAACCGCGAUGGGGGGAUUGGAGUUACGACAUCAGGUUCAACGUGGGCAAAUCCCAAAAUGGCAAACACAGCCGAAUCAAAUAAAACAGGUUGGGAAAGUAUAGUGACUGGGCAUCGCGGGGACAAGUAUGCUCGAACGUGGUUUUGGGGCAAGAAGAAGGCCGGUCGUUGGGCGUUUGAGACCAGCGAUGGAACUGAUGUCAAGAGCGUCGCGGUAUCUCAAUGUGGGACAUUUGCGUUGAUUGGAUCUGCAGGAGGUUCGAUUGAUAUGUUCAACAUGCAAUCAGGUGCCCAUCGACUCCGGCUUCCUGGUCGUGGAAUGAAAAGAAAGAGCAAUUUUGACAAAAAGUCCUCUCUUGCUUUCGAGAAUAAUACAAAGCACACCAAAGCAGUUACCGGCCUGUGGAUAGAUGGAUUGAACCAAACAAUUAUCAGCUGUAGUCUGGAUGGGAAGGUCAAGUUCUGGGAUUUCGUUACUGGCUCACUAGUGGAUGAGUUAGAUUGGCACCCGAUGGCAUCUGUCACUGGACUUCGAUACAGCAGCGCAAGCGAAUUGGUUGCAUUCAGUUGCGAUGAUCUUUCAAUCCGCGUUGUGGACAUUGAAACAAGAAAGGUAGUGCGUGAGUUCUGGGGCUGUGUAGGUCAAAUCAACGACUUCACCUUCUCUGCCGAUGGGCGAUGGAUCAUUGCUGCAUCCAUGGACUCCAUCAUUCGAGUAUGGGACAUGCCGACAGGGCAUCUCAUUGACCUCUUCCGUGUGCCGACUACCUGUACAUCGCUCUCCAUGUCACCAACAGGAGAGUUCUUGGCCACGUCGCAUGCAAAUGGCAUGGGAAUAAAUCUAUGGUCGAACAGAAGCGUCUUCGUGCCGGUAUCAACUCAGAACAUGGAUGAGAAUGACGUUGCCGAUAUAGCUAUUCCUACAGCAUCUGGGGAGCACGGAACUGAUACCAUCGAGGCUGCCUUCGUUGAUGCACCAGAACAGAUUGAGUCAGCAGGCCCUGUGCUAUCCAAUGGACAGCUCAGUCGAGAUAUGAUGACUCUUAGCGUUGUCCCAAGAAAUAAGUGGCAGGCCCUAAUUAAAUUGGAUUUAAUUAAGGAACGUAAUAAACCUCCUAAUCCGCCAAAAGCGCCCGAGAAAGCGCCCUUCUUCCUUCCAGCAGUUUCUAGAAAUGCUAACGAGGAGGAUAUGGAUAAUUCACUCCUGGCCAAUAGCACUGUGGCUGAGCGCUCACGGAUUGCCAGGCUCCAACAUUCUCGAAAAGUCGAAAAUGCAGGCUCCCAGCUGGCAACACUCCUGGGAAAUGGACAUGUAUCUGGAGAUUUCGACCCUUUUGUGGAACACUUGAAGUCUUUGUCCCCGGCAAAGGCAGAUCUCGAAAUAAGAUCGCUUAAUACCCGGGUACAAAACGGACGCUCCGAAUUGUCGGAUUUCAUAAGUGCACUGUCUAGUCGUCUUCUGUUGAAGAGAGACUUCGAAGUUGUGAACGCUUGGAUGGCAGUGGUUCUUAAGAUACACGCCGAUGUCAUUGCCGAAUGCUCUGCCGCUGAAUCUAUCGAGAAGGAGGGGAAUGUAUUGAAGGAAGUCUUGAUCGCAUGGGCUAAAAUACAACAGCAGGAAGCACAACGCUUGGCUGGGAUGGUCGGAUAUUGCCGAGGUGUUGUCAGCUUCUUACGGUCUUCUCGUUGACAAUGUGCAAGAGAUGCCCAUGCAGCAAUUCUGGAUUCCACCCCCUUCUACCCAUGUUCUUACGAUUGGUUUUCAUUUGGCUUUUGUACAAUAGAAGGGAAGCAUAAAAAUAUUUAUAACUAUAAAUUCAUUC